CCCAUGCAGAAAGUAAGGCGCAGAGGGAUGAAGGGACCUGUCCAAGGUCACACUUUAUUAUUAAAGGUGAAACACUGGGGUUAGAGCCAGCAGGAGGGACCUUCCAUGGUCUUUCCACAGUGAUCUGAUGAACAGAGAGGAGGCAAGAGAAAUCUCAGCAGGGGAAGCCUGGAAAAUAAUGGUCAAAGGUGGAGAGGAGGGAGGUGGCAGGCUCCAUUCAGAGGAAGGAGAACUCUGAGGAACUGCGAGGGAGGCCUAGACACCAGAGGAGGGAGGGGACGGGGAAAGUAGUAAUAAUGAAAGUAAUGAUUUAGGACUGGAAGGGCUAGUCCUAACUCUCCUAGUCAGCGCGCUCACGCAGAGGGGGUGGUGCAGCGCUCACGGAAGAAGAACCCGGCUGGAUUCAGCAAACUGCGGUUUGGGGCCUGGCUCAGCACGCCCCAGCUUUGCGACCCCGUCAAGUCAUUUCCCUGCUGGGAGCCUCGGUUUCCUCAUCUGCUCAGCAGGAAGAGUAAAAACGUCUUUUGUCAUGCACUAGGGUUUGCGCACCUCAAUUUGGCAAUGCACCUGUUUUUCUGGAGCACCUAGCUGUGCAAUGCAGGCGUCUAAGAGCCGCUGAGCAGCGAAAGCAGAAACACCCACAGGGCGCUCCAGGAGCCGACGCUGGGAUCCACCUACCCGCAGGAGGGGCCCCAGGACCGGGAGGCAGCCGCGCCCUGGGCCUCCGCGCACACUGACCCUCGCCUUCCACCGGACUCACUCUGGGGCGCCCCAUCCACUGCACUAAGCAACCUCCAGGGCAAAAGCGAGUCCCGGGGAGCCGCUGGGCAGCCAUGGCAGAGACGGAGGCCGCGGCUGAGGACCUGAACGCCCUCAUCGACGACUUGGACUACCUCCCGGGCCACUUCCACCUUGAGAUGCAGCUGAACUUCGAGCCGCGCUCGCCGGCCUCACUCCGCGCCAGGGACUUGAAGCUGCAGCGGGAGGGACUGAGGCAAGAGCUCGAGCUGGCGGCCGCUCCGCAGCACCCCGCGAUGCGCCACCUCCUGGGCGCCUUCGCCUUCUAUCUGGAGGAGCUGGAUGAAGCCCGCGAGCUUUUCCUCGAGGUGGCCCGCGACGACCCGGGCAACCUCAACGCCUGGGCCAAUUUGGUGCAUGUAUACGGGCGGCUGGAGCAGGAGGAAGAGGAGGAAGAGUGUGCGGGACGGCUGGCCGCUCUCAUGGGCCUCGAGGCCGGCACCGAGGCUGCCAGCGACACCCAGCUCCGCGCUGCGCGCUGCCUGGCGGAACAGGGCUACGCGCACGGCUUCGACGUGGGCUGCACCAGCCCGGAGGAGCGCGCACGGGUGCUGAAGGCGGGCAUCGCACUCUACGACAAGGCGCUGGGCUUCGCACAGCAGGUCCCGAUAGAGGAGAAAAGGGGCUGGUACUUCACCAUGGCAACGCUCUUCAUCAGGCUAGAUGGCAUCUCCCUGGAGCUGGGCAGCGAGGAGCAGAAGCGGCUGCCCGCCUUCAACCGCACACUGGCUCUGCUUCGUCAAGUCCUCAAGUCCUCAGAGCCCCACCACCGAGCUCUAGCCUGGUGCUACCUCGGGAUGCUGCUGGAGAGAAAAGACACCUUCUCUACCACUCCCAUGGGUGUCCACGACUGCGGGUACUCAGGGACCGAACCCCUGGAUUGCUUUGGCAAGGCCAUCGAGAUUGCCAAGGACCACCCCUCCAUCCUGAAUCGCCUGGCCAAAAUCUUCCACUUCCUAGGAAAGCAGGACAUGGCCAUUGGAACCUGCAACAUGGCACUGGACGUCCUUCAAGAUCCAGAGCUCAACUGGCAGGCAUACUGCACAAGGGCCAAGAUCCAUAUCAGAGCCUACCUGCAUGACCUGGAGCGGGCCAAGAUGGGGGUCGGGGGCAUGCCUGACAGGAACCACCUGGCCUGUGCCAAGGCCGACCUUGAGGAAGUGGUCAAGGUGUGCCCAGGCCUCAAGACCUACCUGGACAUCGGCCAGGUGUACUACUACAUGGGCGUGGACGCGAUGCAGGAGCUGAUGGCGGUGGAUGAGGCAGCACUCAACCAGGCGCUGGUCUUCCUGGCCAAAGCCGGCGAGUCAGAGUUGGGCCCGACGUUGCCAGAGCUGCAGCUGCUUCGCGGCAAGUGUCUGCGCAUCAAGGGCGAGGAGGCCAACGCGGCGGCCUGCUUCAAGCGCGCGGUGGAGCUGGACGAUGAGGGCUCCAGCCACACCGAGGGCUUCGGCUGCCUGCUCGAGGCGCUGCUGGCGCAGUGGAGCCAGGCGCAGCUGAGCGACGGCGAGCUGGGCCGCGAGGUGGACGCGUGGCUGCGCCGCGCCCAGGGCAAGUAUCCGCCGGUGCGCCUGCGCCAAGAGCUGCAGCGCGUGUGGCGCGGCCACACGGACGAGGUGCUGGGGCUGGCCCGAGCCUUGGUGGCCCAGGGCCGGCUGGCGCUGGUGCGGCUGCUCUUCGAGACUAUGGAGUUAGAGGGCGAGGGCGCAGGCGAGGGCGCGGCGCGGGGCCACCGGGCGCUCUCCUUCUGAGGAGCCUGUCCCCAGCCACAGCUCAUUGGGCCGGGAGUGGACGCUCAGACAGGGCCGCCCUGAGCCGUAGGCUGGAGGAAGAGCAGAGCCAAUCAGAUUGUCUGUUGGGAAUUUUGAAUGGGGACGUUGAGACCCCGGGACUGUUGGAAUUGCCCACGGAGGAGGAAGGGCCUGAUUUAGGAGAGUGAAGGAGGCAGAGGCAGAUGUGAGAGUCCCCCAGGAAACUGCCACUUGAGGGACAGAAAUAUGCAGAUAUGCACAGGAAAUAAGAUGGCUGCGAGCCUCUAAAGACAGAAGAUUCCGCCUCAGUUGUGGAGAUUUUCUAGUCCGUGUGCUCAAUCCAGGAAACCCUGGUAGCAUAGUGGUUAAGAGCUACUACCGCUGCUAACCAAAAGGUCGGCACUUCAAUCCACCAGGUGCUCCUUGGAAACCGUAUGGGGCAGUUCUGCUCUGUCCUAUGGGGUUGCUAUGAGUCAGAAUAGACUAGAGGGAAGCGGGUUUGGUUUUUUGGUUUGGUGCUCAAUCCCUGAGGCCUGAGUGUCUGUCUUUGGAUUCCUAUGAACCACACUCCAUCCUUGCAGUAAACACCCCUUUACUUAAACUGGUGGUCCCUGGGUGGCACAAGCAGUUUGCAGUUGGCUACUUACCUGGAGGUUGGCCAUUCUAACCCGCUCAGCAGUGCUGCAGAAGAAAGGCCUGGUGAUCUGCUUCUGUAGAGGCUAUAGCCAAGCAAGCUGUGUGGAGCAAUUCUACCCUGUCAUACGCGGGGUAGUGGGAGUCAGCUCAGCAGCCAGUGGGCUUGUUGUUCAUUUGUUCGUUUGACCAAGUGCCAAGCAUAGUGCCAAGCUCUGGGGCUAACUCUGUCCUUGCCAUCAGAGAGCUCACAGUCUAAACCAUGCAGAGUAGGUUAGGCAGAGACUGGUGGGCCAGAGUGGGGACUGUGGAAGACCAAAGGGAAGCCAUUAAAAGGUUUCAGCUGGCAGAGCUGGCUGCCUCUGCCUCUCCACACCAGCUAGACUCAUCCUGUGUUAAUGGCCUUUCUACACCCCCCAGGGGAGGAGAGCCUAGCUAGCCCUGGGGCAUAGGCUCUGGCCCUUGGCCACCCCUCUGCAGCAAGCCAACUGCUCAGGCCAGUCCGGGCAGUCUCCCGGGAUUGGGACUCCAGUUGGAAGGGAGAGGCCAGUGGGUGGGUGAUCUUUAUUUAAUUACAGCUUUGAGCCCUGCGUGACACCAUUGCCUGCUGGGCUGCUGAGAGGACAACUGACACACAGCUGAAGCAGUAGGAGUUCCUCAGGGGAGCACUCUAGAGUGAAAGCCUUAAUAACCCCAUAAUCAGAGUAAUGAAGAUGAAUCACACCUUGUGCUGCCUGCCCACUCCUUCCUCUAUGCCUAGCAGCCAACAUCAGGCAGUCAGAAACUCCCCUUUAGCUGGAGUGAGCAAGGAGUGUUAAAGAUCAUGAAAAUGGUGAAAUUUCUUGGUUAAAGGUUUCUGGAAUCUCAGAGUUGGAAAGAACCUUAGUCAUCAUCUCUUCUACCCUCCCCAUCUAAAGCAGCGAGUGUGCCGAAAGGUGCUUUUAAACCACUUACAUGCUUCUAGCAGACAGGCAGCUCACUAUCUGAUGAAACAAUCAAUCCAUUUUUGAACAUGCCUGUCAUGGAUUGAAUUAUGUCCCCCCAAAAAUGUGGGUAUCAACUCGGUUAGGCCAUGAUUCCCAGUAUUGUGUGGUUGUCCGCCAUUUUGUGAUUGUAAUUUUAUGUUAAGAGGAUUAGGGUGGGAUUGUAAUACCACCCUUACUCAGGUCACCUCCCCUGAUCCAUGUAAAGGGAGUUUCCCUGGGGUGUGGUCUGCACCACCUUUUAGCUCUUAAGAGAUAAAAGGAAAGAGAAACAAGCAGAGAGUUGAGGAACUCAUACAACCUAGAAAGCAGUACCAGGAGCAGAGUUCUUCCUUUGGACCCAGGGUCCCAGUGCCUGAGAAGCUCCUCAACCAUUGGAAGAUUGAGGACGAGGACCUUCUUUCAGAGCCGACAGAGAGAGAAAGCCUCCUGGAGCUGAUGCCCUGAAUUUGGACUUUUAGCCUACUUUACUGUGAGGAAAUAAAUUUCUCUUUGUUAAAGCCAUCCACCUGUGGUAUUUCUGUUAUAGCAGCACUAGAUGACUAAGACAAUCCCUAAGGUCCCCGGGAAAUCCUGGUGGCAUAGUGGUUAAGAGUUUGGCUGCUAAAGGAAAGGUCAGCAGUUGGAACCCACCAGGCGCUCCUUGGAAGCCCUAUGGAGCAGUUCUACCCUGUCCUGUAGGGUUGCUAUGAGUCAGAAUUGACUCGAUGGCAACGGGUUUGGGUUUUGUUUUGUUUUAGUUUUAAGGUCCCUGGGUGGCUCAAGUGGCUUGUGAUUGGCUGUUAAAGGUUGGAACCCCUGAGACUAUGUCCUUAAGACAGACACCCUUCUUACCUGGAACUAAAGCCAUUCCCGGAGACUACCUUUCAGCCAAACAAUAGACAAGCCCAUAAAAUAAACAAUAUUACCCAAGAGGAACGUGCUUCUAAGAACAAUCACUUACUGAGAUCAAAAGGGUAACAUUUGCCCAAAAGCAAGGAAGAGAAAGCAGAAAGGGGUAGAAAAUCUUGACAAAAGGGAAUGGGGUAGCCAGAGUGAAAAUGAGGAGAGUGCUGACAUAUUGUGGGGAAUGCAACCAAUGUCACGGAACACUAUGUACAAACUAUAGAAUGUUAAACUAGUUUGCUCUGUAAGCUUUCACCUAAAGCACAAUAAAAAUUAAAAAAAUAAAGGUUGGCAGUUUGAACCCCCACAACAGUACCAUGGAAGAAGGGCCUGGUGAUCUGCUUCCGUAAAGAUUAUAGCCAAGAAAACCCUAUGGAGCAGUUCUGCUCUGUACCAUAUGGGAUCACUAUGAGACAGCAACACGUUUGGUUUUUGCUUUGUUUUAUUUUUUGAGUCUUCUGAGUUUGUCCUUCUAUUGAGUUGUAUUUUCUGUAAUUCCCAUCCCUUGAUUCACGUUCACCUUCUGGAACCACACAGAACAAACCUUAAUAUGCAGGGUGGCCUAGAACAAGUCACUUUCCUCUGGCCCCUAUUCUCCCUGUUAUGGCAUCAGUGACCAGGUUGGGCUGUGAUAGGGCCUCCAGCUGCCAUGCCCAGCCUGGAGCCUGCACAGAGUGGGUGCUAGCAGCUGAAAGCAGAAUAGAACAAGGCUUCUCCCCAUCCCUAAUCAGGCCCCAAGGGAGCACCCUGUGUGGAUGGUGGUGGCUGAAUGCCAAAUGAAGUGAAAUAUCUCCUUUUCUCAGGCUGUUAACUUUUUUUCUUGUUUAAGGAAUGGGAGGAUAAUGUCAUUUAGCACUUUACAACUCGGCAGUAAAAUGAGCAGAUGGAAACAGAUCCCCGGCAUUGCGGGUGUGCUUCGCAGCGAGAAAUCCUCCCCAGCUCCAUGGGGCCAAAGUCACUGGCAGGGCUUGCUAAUAGGGUUAGAAACCAGCUAGUUUCCCUCCUUUUCCCCCAGCUUCUCCCCGACUGCAGGCCGCACACGUGACUCCCCACCGGCCCCACACUUCCUGUUCCUUUGCCUCUGCUCACCCUGCUCCACCUGCCUAGAACAUUCUUCCUACUUUCAGGUCCUGUUGGAAUAUAACCUAACUAGCCAAAAGGUUGGAGAUUCAAGUCUACCCAGAGGCACCUUCGAAGAAAGACCUAAUGAUCUGCUUCAGAAAAAUUGGCCACUGAAAACCCUAUGGAGCAUGAGUCUACUCUGACAUACAUGGGGUCUCCAUGAGUCAGAUCAACGCAAUGGCAACUGAUUAAGGAUUUCGAUGAAGGGGAAGAGGAGGAGGGGGGUGUUCAUGGUGAGAAAGUGGUGAGCAAAGACUGGAGCUGUGGGAAAGCUCCAGCUAGCCUCCAAGUGAACAAUUUGAGCAGGAAAGUUUCCCACAGUGAGGUCACAGAAAAUCACUGUCAUGGUCAUCACCAUCAAAACUAUUUACUGAGCACUUGCCAUAGGCCAGUCACUGUGGCCUGUGUCUCACACACCUCACCCCGUUUAACCUUCACAAACCCAUGAGCAUGCUUCAGCAUCGUCCCCACUUUACGGAUGCGGAAACUGAGCUCAGAGAGGUUAGGGAACUUCCCUGACAUCCCACCACACUGCCUUGAAUAGCAAGUAGGCUAAGGAGUAAAAACGAAUGGCUUUUCAACUAUUUGGAGUCCUAGUGGCACAGUGGUUAAGAGCUCAGCUGCUAACCAAAAGGUCCGCAGUUUGAAUUCACCAACUGAUCCUUGGGAGCCCUAUGGGGCAGUUCUACUCUGUCCUACGGGUCGCUAUGAGUCGGAAUCUACUCGACAGCAAUGGGUUUGGUUUUGUUUUUUAAAACUAUUUGGAGUUUAGAUUACUUUCUCUUCUUUCACAUAUGUUGCUGUAUAAGCUGAACACUUAUAAAAUCCAAAUGGAUUUUUCAUGUUUGUGUUUUCAAACCACUCAAUAACUCUGUGGUGGCGCCUGUUCUAUUUUAGCAUGUAAAUUGUUUCAUUAAACUGCAGUUCCUCUGUGAGUUGUAUUUGUCAUCCACAAAGUGAAAGAAAUAAAAGAACUCCCACUGUGGUGGAGAUCUAUUGUUUUAUCUGCCCGCUGCCCUUACCUGCU